CGGAAGAAGGAGAAGAGGGGGGUUGAACUCAUUGCGAGCACAAGACCUUAUAUUAGCUACAACCAGGCUUAAGUAAGCGGUGCUGUUUCUGUGUGGAUGUGUGCCAGGAGAAGAGAGGGGGAGAGUUCAAUGAGAGCUGAGUUGAGAAGUUGUUGUUUAGUAGUUGAGACUUUGGCUUCAUAUAAUCAGGAGGUAAAACUCCGAUGACAGCAGCAGCAGCAGAGAGUUGAGGACGGACUCGGUUCCUCUUUGAUGCUCGCCCUCAUUUAUCAUCGUUACUUCUCUUUAAAAAGCUCUUUCUGUCCGGAGACAUUUCUCAUCUUUUCCUCAUUCGUCACUCAACUUGAUGCCAAUGAGAGCGAGUCGCAGCUUGUGUGAGGUUCAUCAUCAUCAUCAUCAUCAUCCUCAUCCUCAUAAGGAGACCUUUUAAGGGGCUGUUAUAGUCAAAGAGAGCUGGGAGGAAUACAGCCUGUUUCCUGUCUUUCUCUCUUGUCUGUUUUCACCUGAGGAUAUUAUCAUGACUUCUGUCUGGAAGAGGCUGCAGAGAGUCGGUAAAAAGGCUUCAAAGUUUCAGUUUGUCGCCUCUUACCAGGAACUCGUGUUGGAGUGUACCAAGAAAUGGUGAGUUUGGAGACUAAAUUAUCCUCUUUUCAAAGUUUUAUAUGUGUUGAUGUGAGUUUUGUUGUUAGUUAUAAUAAAACUCCAUGUUCGCUUCUUGUUUUGGGUCUUUCCGCUCCGUUAGGAAGGAUGGGGGCGUCCCUCAUGUAUCUACAUGUGCUCAGCUGUUCCGGAUUGGGGGUUCGAUUCCCGACCCCGCCUAUCGACAGAGUCAGAGAGAGUGAACUCGAGAGAGAGUGGAAGUAGUUAGUACAUAGUCCACCCUUAAGCAUCAUAAAUCCUUACACUGAGACACUUGAUAUUACUAUCAAUUGCGCUGAGACACUAUCUCCAUGACUGAGUAGGGGAGACCGGGGCUCGUUGUCACGCUUUUUACACUCUUGUAUCAGGGCUCUCAAGUUUUGAACUAAGCUUGGAGUGAGAUUUUCUUUUUUUUUUUUGUCAUGAGUAUCAUAACUUUAGAAAGAAUAUAUGAGAAAUGCAUCUUUUCCACAGAAAGAUUUGAGGGAAAUAGCUGGAAAUGGCUGUACAGAGGCUAAAUCCGUCAAUGCAGCUGUUAAUAGCAAUAGCAUAGGGCUUUAGUUUAUCAUAUGAGUCUGUUUGCCAUGAGGUGUUGAGGCCUCUCCAAGUGUGGGUUACUGACUUACUGUAAUGAUUGGAUAUUUUUGGUGCUUACGAAACCUGCUUUAUUUCAGCGAGUGUCUGUCUUCAAAAUCUACCCGGAGACAGCAAUGCUACUUUUUGAUUGGCUGUUCGGUAGAUAUACUUUAUUUGAUUAGCUUGCGGGUGGCACACAGCCUUGUUGCUCUCAGGGGAACUGAUCUGAUUUCUACCUGUUCCUUUAUUAAAAGGUUGCAACUUGGUGGACGUCACUGUGGUAAUAUUAAUGCGUGAGAAAUACAAUGUGUGGCGUGUGAACAGGUGGGAAUGCGUGUGCCACACGCUGAAUGCGUGAGACUCCCGUAGAAUGACUCCCACUUCCACUCCUUUCCCGCUCCCGUUUGAAUAAAACAAAACAUGUUGAAAAAACGUUGCAUUUUUUAUUUUAGGUAAAAGUGGCAGCCGAGUCUGAGCACCUGUCGCUUCGACUCGGAGCAGCUGCUCCGAGAUGCUUUUCACUUCCGGUGGUGACAGGAAGUCAAACCACUGUUGUAUUAUAUGCAAAUUCAACUUAAGUAGUUGUCGUCCUCAUGUUGUCCCCUUCAUGUGCUCUGAAAUGCACUUUACUCAAUGAAACAAGUGGAUUUAUGUUAAAGAUGAGAGUCUUAAAGUUUUUUUUUAAAAUGAAAAAUAAAUUUGAUUGGUUUGAACUCUAUAAAAGUGGGUCGCGACUUAAGGACCAUGGGAAAAUGUGGGUCCCAGAGUGAGACCAGUUGAGAACCACUGCUCUAAUGGACACAAGAACUCUAUUGUAAAGUUGUGGACAAUCAAAGACAUGAGGGCCCUGAAGUAAGCUAAAAAAAAUUUGUGUGUAUUAAAAACACAGCAGAUCAAUCCUCAAUAGUAAAAAUAUAUCAGGUGAAUUGCUUCAUUUUCAGUUUGAGUAUGUAUGCUUACUGUGGUUUAUCAGAGUAAAUGUAGAUUAGUUUAACUUUCAUCAUCAGUCACAUUAGUAUUAUUAUUUUCAUUAAAAACCACUUACAUUUAGACUCGGUUGUUUCACUCAGAUUUGGAAUCAAACACGUGCGCUCACAGCUGUGAUGGGCCGCCCCCCUCUUGUGCAAUUAUGUGUCUUACUAAACGUUUGGGAGGUGGCCAGGUGAGGCAGCAUGGCUCAUCAUGCAGCUGUGGCACAACACUAAACAAGUAGUACAGAGGUAUAACUUUUAUGUCAUUUGCUCAUGUAAUUAACUUUUUCUUGCUAUGUUGAAACAUUUUGAAGUCUUUAAGACAUGAUUUAUAAUGUAUCCUGAUAUAAUUCAAAGACACAUCUAAAUUAUUCUAACAUGCCAGUUUGGCCCACAUUGCACAUUCUUAUCUCUCCAGAUUACACUGAAGUUAGGAUAAUUAUGUAAGCAGCUUGUCAGCAGCUUGAUAAGAAGCACUGAUCGGUUCUUUUAUCCUCUCACAACUCAGGUCUCUUGUCAAUACAGUUUUAGAUUUGGAUCAGCGGUUGGGAACAUGUGUUGUGCGGACACAGAGUGAUUUAGAAAGAGAGACAACUCCCAUGGACAGUGUGAUGAAAUCAAAGUUCAUAAAGCUGUAGUUAGUGUGCUGUUCAAACAGGGAUAAGAGGACAGGAGGAAGUGAGGAAAGACCUGUGAUUAACCCAGAGUUUAGGUCAUGUGUUACUAUGUGCUGUUUUCAUAAAAAGGACACCAGCGCUCCUUUCCUCUAUGAUAGAUUAAAAUCAUGUCGUGUGAAACACAAGAGGUGAGAAAUACUGUGUCACAAAAGCCAAGUGUUAGUGUGCGAGUUUUAAAAGUGUGUGUGUGUUUCUAAUUUAGUGCGAUGAUUUAUUUGAGACCAUUGGCUCUCCUCACUCGCAGACUUGAUACCGACACGCAUACUUAGUUUGUAGGUGAUAAUCUGCAACUGCAGCAGCUCCCAUGCUCAAAGUUUAACUCUCUACAUAAUCAAUGUGGUAUUAAAAACAGAAGAUCAUUAAAGUUGAAAUUCAGAUAUUUUUCUGUCUCAGUUCAGUUCGAUUUGCAGUGGCAGUACAAUUAACUCAACAACAACAAUAAAUGAACAAUUGAUAAACAUGGGCACAGAGUGACAUUGCAUGGAACUCCAGACAAAGUAAAAAUGGAAAUAUCUAAGGGUUCCAAGAAUAAAAGGAGGACAAGAGAGUGAAAAAAUAAACAAGAAUAAAGAGUAUAAAAGAAUGGAGGUGAAGGAGAGUAAAAUCUAUCAUCAACUUAUAAUCCAUCACCAGGUCAGGGCAAGGUGGAGGAGACCAAAACAGAGCUGAAGGAGGGUUUAUAUUGGUCUCUCUUAGGUUAGUGAAUGUUGUACCAGUGUUUACGGUGGCCCUUAGGUGCAAAACACAACGGCAAAAGAGAAAACACAACAACAUAAACCAUUGUGUUUUCUAUUUUUAUGUUGUGUUUACCGAUUUGCUGUUGUGUUUUGCACCUCAGGGCCACCGUACGUGUUGCUCUGUAAGUACUCUAAAUGCGUUUUGUUUUCCACUGUGAUCAAGCAGCAAAAAUCAAUCAUUUGUUUCAGGUCUAUGAGUGAUUAAAAGUGUCAGAGGGGUCAGAGAUAAACACGACAACUGUCAGAAAAUGAUUAAGUGAUGCUGACAGAGACAGUAGGGUGGCACCAACGAAAUUAAAGACCCAAACAGAGCCCUAUUCUACAUAUAGAAAAUCACUUGAAGUUUUUAUUUCUUUUUAAGUGUCUGUAAAUAUGUGAAUGAGUUCAGUGUACUCUGUCAGUGUUGAAGUGUAGCCAUUGUCUGCUGAAUGACAAAGCAAUAACCACAAUGAAGGAUAAUUGCACGCUUGCUUAAGCCGUAUUACACUCAAGAAGAUGGCCUACGUAAAGCCACAAUUGUUACCGAGCUCAGUGUGCAGCAGACUUUGUUUGUCAUGCUAGUCCCAUGAGAAACACAGAUCAGUUCUUUUAUGCCUCGUGUUUUUGUUUCUCCUCCACUCUCCCUUUUACGACCUCCUGUCUCUGCCUGUAAGGUUAUUUUUGACCCCACUCCUGGCCCCCUAACACACAUACCAUAUAAACACAAAGACGUAGGUGUUAUUAUAUGUGCUGUUCUGGUGUGUUGUUCCGGGUCUCGUGUGCCUGUUCACUCCUGAAGGGGGUCCACACACACCUCACAUGAAGACGGUCAUGUGACUCUGCAGCUUCCAGUUUCACUUCCUGUGCAGCAAAACUGAGAAAAUACAAUGGGAACACACACAAACACCUACCUACACAACGCCCCACCAAGAUAGACUCUAACACAUUACACUGUUCAUCAUUCAGCCUUUAUAGUUUAAGAAUGUUGCCAACCGCUUGCUUCUUUAGUUAUACAAACUUAUACAAUACAAAGAGCCACAAUGGUAAAUGACGAUUUUCAUAAAUAAUAAGGUCAAACACGGAACAGACAAAAAAAUUAUCUGUUUGUCUUAUUGAUUUUAAAUCGUUUUGAUCCCUUUUUUGAUUUCUAGUAUAUCUCAUUUCUUCGUGGAAAUGCAAUCAGACCGAGACGCUAAGGCAGAAGAACCACCGCGUCUGCAGUACACAUACAAGAAACACAAGAACUCUGAUUGCAUUUCAAUGAAGUAAUGAUCAUAAAUGUUCUUCCUUGAGCUGUGAAACUUCACUGCACUCAGUGAUUGACUCGUUUGAGCUUCCCCACAAACAAGCGGCUGCUGGAAGAGAGUGGGUAAGUUGUGUUUAGUCUCUCUGUUAAAGAAAUUAGGCAAAGUUAAAAAGAUGUUUGAUGGCUAGUACUAUGGCUGGGACCCUAUAUGUACUGUUGAUGAAGUUAGGUGCUGUUCUGAGUGUUAUUUGUGGCUAUAGAGUGCCAUUUUGGUUGAGGUUGCGCAUGGAGACGUAGACCUCUGUGUAUUGCCAUGAUGUGGUCGUUACUUAAGUUGGUAUAACUAGAGAAUCAAGCAGUCGGCAACAUUCAUCUCUCGAGGGGGUGUCUAACUCGGUGUUAGGGUGUGUUUGAACACAACUUAAUUUUACGCCGGAAUAUCCCUUUAAUGAAAGAUGUUGAAUUUCCUCGUGUUACAAGCAGCCAAAGCUCUGAAAUCACGUGUCCUGUGUCCUUGCUGCCAACUCUAGGGUUAGGAUGUUUCUACUUUCGCUUUCCUUACAUGCCUUUUGCUGGUCAGUGGAAACUCCUCACAGCUGAAAUCCAAACAUCCUGUUCAACAUGUAGAAGACUGUUGGUAUGAUGAGAGUCACACAUUAAUAAGAAACAAUAUGAAGUGCAGAGAAAUCAUGAUGUGUUGACUGUAAAAUACCAACCAAAUCCAGGCAUCACAGGUCACAGCCCUCUGAAAUCCACCCUGUCUGUUCUGUUUGUUUACUUUUUUCAAUAAAAGGGAACUCCCAAAUUUCCCAACAUCACUUAUUUUACAUAUUUGUCUUUCUGCUUUUUGAUAAACACCCCACCUUUCCAGAUGAGAGCUUCCUCUUUGUUUGUUUUCCAUGUGGCAAGAUGUCACUUCUGUGUUUGGAUUUAUGUUUGUCUGUUUCCGUAGGCAACCAGACAAGCUGAGGGUGGUGUGGACCAGGAGGAACAGACGCAUGUGCUCCAAGGUGAAGCCCCUGUCAAACCACAAACACAAACAGAAGCGCACACACACUCACAGUCUCACCAUGUGAAUUGUCGUUCAGCUCCACAGUUGGCAGCCUGGAAUCAAAAACCCCUACAGAGGCAUGGUGGUGUGGCCCGUCCCAGAAAACAUCGACAUCUCUGUUACACUGUUCAAGGUACCAAAACACCAACACAUGGUUCUGAGCGGUUCACUGAUCAAGUAGCUCUAUGAACACAAAUAUGAGUCAGUGGCGCCUUCAUCGGUUCUCUUUACUGCCAUCCAACAGACAAAAAUAAGGGAGGACUUUUGAUACUUUUCCCAUGAAAUAAUGACUCAUUUAUUCCAUCCUGAAUGACAACAUAUCAGCAUGUGUUAAAUGUUCUGACUCAAUUACUUACUGUUUUAUUUUAGCUUUUAGCUGAGUUCAUCAUUUAUUUAUUAAUAUUAUCCAAGUUUUAUUAUUUCACAUUAAUAACUAUCAUACUCUUUUUCUGUUUUAUUAUUUUUUCUGACUGUAUUUUAUUCUCCUAUCUAGUAUUCUUUAGUAUGGUACGUUUUAGUGAUCAUUUAGGUUUUAGUGUUUUAUCUUUUUUUUAUUUAUUAUGUCAUUUUAUUUGUCUAUUUUCUUAAUCUUCUCAUUUGAAUUUUAACAUGUUAAUCUUAUCUCUGCUGUUUCCUUGUUAUGAUUUUAAUGAUAGUGUUUCCUAACUUCCUCAGAUCAUUCUGUGCCAUUUAAAUUUAAUUGUAUGUGUAUACGUACAUAUACGUGUAUCUGUGUGUAUGUAUGAUUAUAUUAAUCAUUUUUUAAUCUAUUUCUUCUUUUUACUUGUCUGCUCAUCUUAACACUUUAAGGGUUCAGGUUUUUUUUAAAAUAAUUUUAAUGAUUUCCUUUAAAACACUUUUUUGCUAUAUCUCAUGUAUAAAAAGUGUAAUACAAAUACAAGUCUGAUUGAUUGAUUAAUUGAAGUAUAAAUUUCAUUACAAUGUAGAAAAUAGUGCAAUUUGAUGUUGCCUCUGACAUAAACAUGUUGUGAAACCUAUAGCAUAACUUUGUGUUUUUCUAUUUCAUGAAUUGAUUCAGAAUCAAGCGGAAACACGCCAAAAUAGCUGUGCAUUAUAACCUGUAAUUUGUAUGAAAUAAUAGAUGUUAUUAUUGUUAUUAUUAUGAAAUUGUUAUAUUUUAUUGAAUGCAACAAAACAACAACAACGACAACAACAUAAUAUUGGUUUUACAUCUCGACCAUUGGUGAACCUGCUCUUUAAACAUCAGCAUCAACAUAGGCUGUUGAAAUACUGAUAUAAGUAGACUUCUGGUUUUAACUAAAACUAGGACGUAUAAAUAUAGAAAUGCACAUGUGCACGUAUGAGUAGCAGAGGGAAGUUUCUUAUGUGUUUCCGUGUCUUUAGGAGGUCAAUGCUGAGGAGUUUGAAGACAAAGAGUGGACCUUUGUCAUCGAGGGUGUAAGUAUCUCGUGAAUACCUUUUUAUUUUGUAACACCAAGUAAACAAAACUUUCAAAUGGGUGAAAUACUUACAGUUAUAUUCUGUACUUCAGUCAAUCAUUCCAUCAAGCAAUAAAUCUGUAUUUCCAGAUUUCUUAGUUUGGGUGUUUUUGUUUGUCAUGUUAGGAAAACAAGGGGCAUCGCAAGGUGUUAGCAUCAGCAGACUUGAACCUGAAGCGGUUUACCAGUCCUACGCCGACUCAGACCGACCUGACGCUGAAGCUGAAGCCGCUGUCCGUCAAAGUGGUGGAGGCCACGCUCAAGCUGUCCCUGUCUUGUGUCUUUGUUCGUGAGGGAAAAGCCACGUGAGUCUUUUUUUCUGCCACUAUUUGAUAAUUUUCAUUUACAAACCAACAGCAGUGACCCAAAAAUGACUUCACCAGUGUCAGAGAGAGCUCCAACAAUCAAUCUUAAUAAAUCAGCACUGUUUUGAAAGUUUUGUAUGACAUCUGUGUUGUCUGUGGCGUGAAUAAUAAAAUUACUUUCUCCUCAGUGAUGAAGACAUGCAGAGUCUGGCCAGCUUAAUGAGCGUCAAACCGACAGAUAUCGGCAACCUGGACGACUUCAACGAGAGCGACGAAGACGAGGAUAAGAAGUCUCUCACAGCUACAGGUUAGCUAAAUCACUUAACCUCCUCUCUGUCUGAUCUUCACUCCAUCAUCUAACUCUGCAUCCACCCUGUUCCUGUUGCUUUCUCCUUCUUUUCUUCUUUCUGACUGCUGCAGUCGUUCCCCACACUCUCGUUCGCCCAAACCGCCCCGCUCCUCCUCCCCCCGACAAGAGAAACUCCACUGGACCUAUUUUUCCAGCCUCAGGUAGCUUCUCUCUUCCUGCUUUCCCUGUUUGUUUUUCCUGCCUGUGAAGAGGAGGUGUGAAACAGCUGUUAUUGGCAGACUCAGUUUAUAUAACAGCAUUUCACACUCUCAUGCCAUUUGUUCUGCAUACCACAUAUUUCUCAUCAGGACAUUAAACACCGCUGAAAACCAUGUGAUCACGCCUUUAAUGUUUCUCAGUUUGUUUGAGGAAGCACAACCUCCAAAUAUGAAACCAAUAUUUCAUGGUGUCCAGUGGAAAAUUACAACAACAUGAAAAAUAUGUGUGACAGAAUCUCAAGAGACUUUUCAAGGGAUAUUCCAGCGUAGAUUUAUGUUAGGGUCAAACACACCGUAACACCGAGUUAGACCCCCCUUGAGAGAUGAAUGUUGAAGAUUGCUUGCUUCUCUAGUCAUACCAACUUCAGCCCUGAUGGGGGGCCCUGACCAGUCGAUCACCGAGUUCAGCGGAUCAUUUCCAUGAAGUAAUAAUCACCAUACUUAUCAUUUUGUGCUGCAGACGCAGUAGUUCUUCUGCCUUAGCAUCUCAGUCUGAUUGCAUUUCCAUGAAGAAAUGAUCAUAAAUGUUCAUCCUUGAGCUGCGAAACUCCUCUGCACUCGGUGAUCAACCUCAACCAAAACGCCACUCUAUAGCCACAAAUAAUGCUCAGAAUAGCACCUAACUUCAUCAACAGUACAUAUAGGGUAUAGCGAAGUUUCGCAGCCCAAGGAAGAACAUUUAUGAUCAUUACUUCAUGAAAAUGCAAUCAGACCAAGAUGUUUAGGCAGAAGAAUUGUCGCGUUUGCAGUGCAAAACGAUUAAUGAUGAUUAUUACCUCAUGGAAAUGAUUUGCUGCACUUGGUUAUCAACUCGUCAGGGCUCCCCCACAAACAAGCGGCUGCUGGAGGUGAGUUAGGUGCUGUUCUGAGUGUUAUUUGUGGCUAUAGAGAGGUGUUUUGGUUGAGGUUUGCGUGUGGAUCCAAAGACUGCAGAGUUUUGCUAUCGUGCGGUCGUUACUAAAGUUGGUUUAACUAGAGAAGAAAGCGGUCGGCAACAUUUAUCUCUCAAGGGGGUGUCUAACUCGGUGUUACGGUGUGUUUGACCAUAACUUAAUUUUAUGCCGGAAUAUCCUUUUAACACAGACACUUGUGGGUGAGGGCUUCCUUUUAAAAAUGAAGGCAUCAAAAUUAAAUAUAAAGACCCAACCAGCAUCAUCGCUGAUAAUCUUAUCUCAUUAUGUAGGUAAUGAGGAGUUAUAAGAACAAAAAUGAUUCUUCUUCAAAUCCAGUAAUCAAUUCCUCUAAAAUCAAGUUUUGCAGUUUGAUGGUUUUAAUAUUAGUUUUAUCAGAAAUUGAUGUUGUGAUAAAGGACUUCAUUAAUCCCAUCACAGCUCAUCUAAAGUCCAUGUUCUUGUUUGGGAGUCAUGUGAUCAUUUUCAUCUCAAAACAUGAACUUUUCCUUUUCCGCCUUUUUCAUCAUUUCUUCUUUUUCCAUAAUUCUGUUUUCUUCCAUCCAUUCAUCCAUCUUUGCAUCCAACCUGUGGAGGUGAUGGAGGUCCUAAUCUGCACUCCCGCCCCCCUCUGCCAAUUGCACCGCGCCCCUCUCCCCGCCGCAGCCGACAUCCUUUCACUCCCCAAUCAGAGGUCCAACCCUCCCCCGGCCCCUCCCCUCAGCCUUCACCCCGAUCUAAGCAUAAAAAAUCAACUCUUCAACCUGAGGCUCUUCCUUCCACUGACUCGCCUCCUAAUCCUCCAGACUCCUUGGUUACAGCAGAUACCCCCUCCUCUGUGCUGACCCCCUCUGAUGUGGCUCCAUCUCUAAAGUCCUCAGAGUCGCCCUCUCCCCAAAAUUUCUCCUCCUUCCUCCAUGUUCAAACCUCUAAAUCUGAAUCUGUGGCCUCACCCUCUGAUCCUGUCCCUUCUUCCUCAAACACGUCCUCUAAACUGUCCCCUGAAACAGACAUCACCUCAUUAACCCCCAACCCCACCUCACCAGCAUCAUCUUCACUCGAGAACAUCAUCGCUCCAUCCACCACAUCACCUCAAAAGUCCUCUAUCACUGUAACAACCACUGCUACGGUCCAAAAGACCAUCCUCACUGUCCCCCAGCCUCCUCCAUCCAAACCCACCCUCAUCUCUGAGCCUCCAUCCACUCAUCCUCCUCUCACCCGGACCCUCUCCCAGCCUCCCUCUCUGCCAAAAAUCUUCCAGUCUAGCUCAGGAAAAGGUACCUGCAGGCUGCUGCUGCACGUUGUCCACUUACAGAUUCCUCGUGUGUGAUGGUUUGAACUGAUUUUCCACCCGACUCAACUUCAUGUACAGUACAUGUCGGUUUGCAUGGUUUGCAUGCACGGCGUGUUUUUCAAGAAGAUCUAAGCAUGAUCCGGCCGUCAUGAGUAAAACUCGUGAAUGUUGGAUAAACUUGUUUAUAUCUGCUUGGAUUUGUACUCUUGUGGCGUGUAAUCUAACCCAGAUUUUAUGUGAAUAAGAAUAGUGUACUGGAGAAACAUCACAUGAAGGCUUAUUUUAAGACUUUGGUCACAACACAACAAAUGUGAAUUAUCGACAAAAGUCACAGAACUUCUGUAACACGGAGUUUCUUCAUUUCUUUAUCAUUUCCUUAAAGUAAUAAUCACCAUAUUAAUCAUUUUGCGCUGUAGACGCAGUAGUUCUUCUGCCUUAGCGUCUCAGUCUGAUUGUAUUUCCAUGAAGAAAUUAUCAUAAAUGUUCUUCCUUGAGCUGCGAAACUCCGCUGCAGUCUGUAAUGGACUGGUCUGAGGUAUCGCUACAAACAAGCAGCUGCUAGAAGAGAGUGGGUGAGUUGUUUGCUAAAGAAAUUAGGCAAAGCUAAUGAGAUGUUUGGUGGCUAGUACUUUGGCUAUGACCCUGAAUAAAUUGAGUGAAAUUCAUGGACAUUUCAGCAAGUGUUUUUCUGAUUUUGAUGCAAUGAGAGACAAAUCCAUUUUCAGUGAAAUGACAUUUUACUGAAAUUGUGUCAGGGAGAACUUGCAAACAAUUCAGCCUCUUCAUUGAUAUCAGUCCACUCCGAAACAGGCUUUUGCCUCAUGAUUGCGCGUGCACCUAGUAUUGUUUUAGACAAGGAACUGUCUAUUGUACACCUCAGCGGCUCUUGGGAUAAUUUUGGCAUGCGAAAUUAAGUCACUACAACUUCUUUUCAUGACCUUGCAGUGAAGCUUUGUUGUGAAUUCCAAACAAUGAUGGUUAGAUUGUUAAUUGUUAUAGAGUCAGAUACUUCAGAUGAAUCCACUGGCUUGAUGAAACUAAUCGUCUGCACUAGUGUUCCUCUCUCACUGGUCUUGAAAUAUUGUCUCUCUUUUACUCUUUCUACCCUCCCCUCUUCUUCCCAGUCCCUGUUUCACUUCAGCGGCGCCCCCCUGAGGCUCAGAUUGCAGACGAUCUCACUUCAGUCUCUGGUUUGUCUUUCUAGAUUAAAGACAUUGUGGUCCGUUUCUGCUUUCGUUUACCGCUCUUUCCUCUCUUUUCUGUCAUACCAUUCACCUCUUUUCUUUUUUUAAAGGCCGUUCUCACAUGUUCAGACCUCAAAUCGUCUCGUCAAUCGCCCGUCCUUCCUCCCCCUCUCCUUUUUCUGCUGAUGCCCCACCUCCUGCAUCAGCACCACCUCUCCCUAAAUCUCACCCCUCCCUCCUGGAGUCAGGUAUCUUUAACUCUACUCUGUCACUGUUUCUAAAUCUAUACGCAGCUCUUUCAUUACCUGAUUUUGGCUUCCUUAUUUCUUCUCUCACUUCCCUGUUUCCUGCUUCAGGUGUUCAGGGGGCGUGGCCGACAUCUGCCGUCGACAUCACCCCAGUUCCUCUGCUUAGUAGUCCUGACCUCGAUGCUCUCUGUGAUCCUGUCCUCCCAGCCUCCCUCCCGCACUCCUCCCCCCCUCGUUCCUCCUCUUCUCUACCCACCACUGUUCUGUUCUCCUCUCCUCAUGCCAAGCUCACUGUCUCUCAUUCCGCUCCUCAUCUCCAUGUCAGCUCUGGUACGCAAGGAUUUCCUCUCAGGGCCAAAGACAAAUAUGUCAAACUUUUGAAAAAUUCUCAGUCUUUACAACAAACACCGCACAGUCUGAUCCAGAGAGUUCUGUGUUAUCUUUUUUGUCACGUGUAGGCCCAAAGUUCCCGCUCAUCCAAGAAGACAAUGAAACAUCUCUGAGCCAAGACGAGAGUCCCCCUCAAAAUGACCAGACGACAGCAAACACAUCCAGACCAGACCAGGAUUCAAAGACAGGAAACAGAGCUGAACCAGCAAAAACCAGGUGAGAGCACCGCUGGAGUGUUCACACUUAGAUUGCUUGGUUUGGAUCCUUAGAGGUGUGUUUGGCCGUGAAAUGCUGUUUGGAAAGAAAAUGCGUCAACAGACACAGAGCUUAAGAGGCGUCCUGAUGACUGGUGGGAAAGCUUGGGGGGGAAUCUUAAAGGAAACAAAACCUGUUGAAAUUGGAAAAGUUGUCGGAUAAUAUCACGAUCAUUUAUAAAAACAGGAAUGUCAAGAGGCUUCUUCUUGCUUAUGUGUUCUCUCAAGAGACACAAACUCCUGAAAUCUCGCCUUGAGGAUUUUAGAUGGUCGUGUGAAAAGAAUACCAAGAGACAGUUUCUCCCACUUUAGCCGAGCGUAAACGCUGAGGGAAGGUAGAGGGAAUAGCCAGCCAAGCUCUCAGAUCCUUUCAGGCAUAUAUGGUUCCUGGAAAUGUCCCCAAAUUCCCCCAUUGCAAACUUCGACCUGUGAUUGAGCUGCAAAACAGUUAUGUUCCAUCAUGGCAACAACGCUGAUUGAGAGUCGCUUAAGUCUAGGACAAGGAUUGUUUAAAACCAGGACAUCUAAAUGAACUAUACAUACUCGUUGGAGCAUAUAGGACAUAAAUGUUUUGAAACAGUCAAACUAGAGAAUAAGGUUUAUAGGGAUCAUCUGAGCUGAAUCAUGAACUGCUCCUUGACUAACUAUUCCUCGUAUUUUCAUUGAGCUCUUUAGUGUCGAUCAGUGACAGCUAGCUAACCCUCCAUGGUGCCGACUCACAGAAACUUGCUAAAGGCUCAUUUAUGCUCAACAUUACACACCAAUCCUGAUACGGACAUGUCUGUGCUUUGCGUUCUUUUCUUCCGUAUUUCUGCAAGUAUCCUUGAAGUUUACGGAUACGAGCCAGACGGAGCAGUACCACCGGAAACCGUGGGGGCAGUGUUGCUGCUGUCACGACCCGAUACACAUCUCUAGAGAGAAACGAAACGUUCUCCAACUGCGAGGCAUUUAGUGGCCGUCCGACCGCCGCCUCCUCCAAUGCUGCCUCCGUUUCUGUCUCCUAUUCAAAAAUAUACACAUAAAAUAUCACGAGCUCCUCAACAGUCCCCGUGUUUCCUUUUGUUUGUUGUUGUCAGAAACUUUUGACUCCCCCCUGGUGGAAGUAAUGGUUAACAUCCAUGCCAACGUAAAGGACGCAUGGAAGUAUGUGGGCAGUGAUGGAACGAUCGUUUGAAACCGGCGUGUACAUUUUCAUACGUAUCGUGGUUAUCGUUUUCUUCCGCUUCAUCCGGGUCUGGUUCGUCGGGGCACCAGCUUCAGGAGGGAAGCCCAGACGGCCCUCAUCACGGCCACUUCCACCAGCUCCUCUGGGGGCGAUUCCCAGGCGCUCCCAGGCCGGGCGAGAGAUAUAAUCCCUCCACCUGGUCCUGGGCCAACAACCUAGGACCAGGUGGGACAUGUCCGGAACACCUCUAACGGGAGGCGUCCAGAAGGCAUCCUAACCAGAUGCCUGAGCCACCUCAGCUGACUCCUCUCGACAUGGAGGAGCAGCGGUUCUACUCUGAGCGCCUCCCGAGUGUCCAAGCCCCUUACCCUAUCUCUGAGGCUGAGCCCGGCCACCCUGCGAAGGAAACCCAUUUCGGCCGCUUGGAUUCGCGAUCUUGUUCUUUCAGUCAUCACCCAAAGUUCAUGACCAUAGGUGAGAGUCGGCACGUAGAUCGACCGGUAAAUCAAGAGUCUCGCCUUACUGCUCAGCCCUUUCUUCACCAUGACUGAUCCGCCUGUCGAUCUCCUGCAUCAUACGUAUGGCGAGCAUAAAUGAGCCUGUUAUCUUACUGCCUGGUGUGAGGCUUAAAACAACUCAUCUGUGUUUGUGGGCGUUGUUGUUGUUUUGAAGGUUGUUGUUGCGAUAUUUUGGUGUUUGCGCUUCCUUGCUGCUAAUAGUUGCAGUGCUUCGUACCCUGCUUCCCAUUGACCUCACCUCCUAGUGCACAGCAACAACCAUCAGGUGUCUGGAUUUGCUCAUUGGCUUGACCAUUCCCCCCUCCCAAACUACCUCCUGCACGUAAAAUCUCUCUCAGAUCUGGAGCCUGACUUCCUCAAUCUUAAUAUUUCUGUCCCCCAGUCCUCCACAAUCCCGAUCAGAGCUGAUAAUAGCCCCGCCCCCUCCGUGGCCCUUCUCCUGCUCGGAGAGCUCCACCCCUCAGCAGAGCUCAACCACUGUUGUGGCGGCUUUUAUCACUCCUAAGCAGCCGAACGUUACGAGGGGAACUGAUUUGAAAAAGCCAGCCAAUGAGACAAAGAGUGUUUUUAGCGCCUUUAAUCCAGAAAAGCCGCCUCUGGCCGAGCCUGAGCCUGACUUUGACGACAUCGUCUUUGAGUCAUUUAACCAAAAACAAGAAACCAGCAGCUUGUUUCUGGAUGAGGAUGACUCUAAGAGGGAUACUAUCAAAAGGUGUCCCACAGGGUGAGUAUUGGAGCUCAAAACUAUUUCAGAUUGAAAAAAAAAUGUGGAUUUAUUUUAUUUUUCUGACCGUAUUUAAAAAACAAACACACACACUCAGACAAACGAGGAUUAAAAGAGUAUUUAUUUAUCUGUUCUGCAGUCUGGAACAGAAAACUGGUGCAAAGCCGUCACUGACAGAGCAGUUAGAAGAAGGAGCAAUGAAGAAAGAGGAGGUGAUAAAGGAAGAGCAGGAGAAGCAGAGAGAAACAGAAACCCUGAGAAAACAGGAGGAGCAAAGAAAGAGGAAGGAAGAGGACGAGCAAAAGGUAUCACUGCUGAAGCAGGAGGAGAAAAGGAAACAUGAGGAGGAGAAGAAAAGACUCUUAGAGGAGGAGAAGAAGAGAUUCUUACAGGAGGAGCAGGAGGUGAAGAAGGAGAGAGAGAGGAGGAAACAGGAGGAGGAGAGGCUCCUGAAGGAGAGGAGGGACAAACAGGAGAAGCUGAGGGAGGAGGAAGAGAGGCGGAAGCGAGAUGAAGAAGAGAGGGCGAAAAAGGAGGAGCAGAGGAGAGUCCUGGAGGCUGAGAUGGAGAAAGAAAAACUAAGAAGGGAGGAGGAGAGGAGAGUCGAGAGAGAGAAGUUCAUGAAGAAAAUGAAGGAGGAGGAGGAGAAAAGGAAGGAGGAGAGAAGAGUGUUAGACGAGCAAAAGAGGAGGAGGGAGGAGGAGAGAAAGAGGCAACUGGAGGAGGAGGAGGAGAAGAGGAAGAUGAAUGAAAAACACCGGAUGGAGGAAAGAGAGAAGGAGGAAUUAGAAAAAAGAAAGAGGGAGAAAGAGGAGGAGGAAAGACGUCUGCAAGAGGAGGAGAGGAAGAGAAAGGAGGCAGAGAUGGAGAUGAAGAAGAGGAAAGAAGAAGAUGAGAGGAGAAAGGAGGAGAGAAAGAAAGUAGAGGCAGAAAGAGAAAGGCAAAAGGAGGAGGAGAGAAAGAAGCAAGAGGAGGAAAAGGAGAGGAAGAGGAUGGAGGAGGAGAGGAAGAAGCAAGGGGAGGAAAAAGAGAGGUUAAGGGUGGAAGAGGAGAGGAGGAAAGAGGAGGAGAGAAAGAAGCAAGAGGAGGAAAAGGAGAGGUUAAGGGUGGAAGAGGAGAGGAGGAAAAAGGAGGAGAUAAAGAAGCAGGAGGAAGAAAAGGAGAGGAAGCAGAUGGAAGAGGAGAGGAAGAAGCAAGGGGAGGAAAAAGAAAGGAAGAGGAUGGAGGAGGAGAGGAGGAAAGAGGAGGAGAGAAAGAAGCAAGAGGAGGAAAAGGAGAGGUUAACGGUGGAGGAGGAGAGGAGGAAAAAGGAGGAGAUAAAGAAGCAGGAGGAAGAAAAGGAGAGGAAGCAGAUGGAAGAGGAGAGAAGGAAAGAGGAGGAGAGGAAGAAAAUGGAGGCAGAUAGAGAGAAGAAGAGGAUGGAGGAGGAGAGGAAGAAACAAGAGGAGGAGAUAAAACAGAUAGCACUUAAGGAGGAGAAGAGGUUGAGGGAGGAGAAAGAGAGGGAGAGGCACUUGAAGGAGGAAAGAGAAAGAAUUGAGAGAAGGAAACAAGAGGAGGAGAAGAGGAUGAAAGAGAGACUCCUGAAGGAGCAGAAAGAAAAGGAGAAGAAGCAAAGAGAAGAAGAAGAAAAGGAGAAACGGCUGCAAGAGAAGCUGAGAAGACAGGAGGAGGAGAAAAAGAAAAGGGAGGAAAGAAUAAAGAGGGAAGAGGAGGAGAAGCGACAGAAGGAGGAGAAAGAGAAAGCAGAACGGAAGAAGAAGGAGGAGGAAGACAGGAAGAGGAGAGAGGAGGAACAAAAGAAUAAGAAGCUCCAGGAGGAGAGAAAAGAGAAAGAAAGAAAGAAGAAGAAAGAGGAUGAGGAGAGGAGGCUGAAGGAGGAGGAAGACAAAAGGAGGAAGGAGGUGGUGAUCAGUCUGGAGGCCAACAAGUCAGACGAGGACAAGCAGAAGAUGAAAACUCAGGUUGAUGCUCCUCCUCCUCCUCCUCCUCCUCCAGCUUUCACAAACCUCUCCACAUGUCUACAAGCUUCCCUUCCUGCUCCUCAUCUCCCUCCUCCGGACAAACGCUGCAGAACACCGGAGGAGCAGCUGCUGCCCUCACAAACUCUCAGCCAAUCACAGCCGCCCUCACAAACUCUCAGCCAAUCACAGGACAGAAAGACAGCUCUCCAGUCAGAUAACAAACUGAGCUCUUCCUCAAGUGAGCGGUGAGUUAAAGCCCUGAAACAAAAAGAAAUCAGUUCACUGGAUGGGUUUCUUUUUGUUUUCUCAUCUCAAACGACUUUAAGCUGCUUUUCUGUGAAGAAAAUCAAAACAAUCAAUCAUCAAAUCAAUCGAUCGGGAUUAAAAAUGCUUGAAAAUUUUCUGUUGAUUUAAACAUAACUUCUGAAUUCCAAUGUUGAAACGGCAUCAAACUUUGUUUUCACUCAUAAUUAUUGAUUUGAAGUGUCUCUUUUGUGUUUUUCUGUGCACGUCACACUCCAUAGAUUUUUUUUAUUUUGUUUAGGAGGGAUAGGUAGAAAGAUCCUCAGAGUAUUGAUACGAACGAUAUUGAGCAUGUGUUGGAAGGAAAAAUUAACAUUUUCAGCCACACGAUUAUUUCAAUUUUUCACAGAAAAUAAUAGAAACAAACAAAUGUGCACAUUUAAAGCUCCCCUGGAUGUCAACAUGAAUGUAACUUACAAAGAAUAGUCAGAUGAAAAUCCAAAUUACUCACUGAUAAGUAGGGCUGCACGAUUUAUCGAUUUUAGUUUAAAAUCGGAUUAUUUGAUUAUGAUGAUGUUAAAAAAUUUAGAUCGUCAAAUCGAUUUUCCUCUCUAUCAUGUCUCACGCCUCCAGGCCACCGUAGACUCCCCCUUCCUGCAAGAGCGCGCCCCAGUUCCCACACACACACCAGUGUAAGCAAACAUGGCGUUUGCAAAAGAAGACGAUAAUUUCAUGGCUAAAUAGGACAAGACCAAGUCAGUCGUGUUGAAUUGGUACGACUUCACAGUUUCAGACAAAGACCAAACCACUCCCCGCUGAAAAGUCUGUCUGACGGCGUUAUCAACCCGUCCACACGGAAACAAAUUCAGGAGUAAACGCAAAUUUUUUUUGUCGUAUCGGCGUUUCAUCCACAUGGAAACGGCUAUUUUUUGGGUGACUGGAAACGUUACUUUUUGAAAAUGGGUCAGAGAGUGCAUAAAUCGGUAAACAACGACCAUUUCAUCUCCAUGUUGAUGUCUAUCUGCAUCUCUUGAAACGAUUAUGUGACACACAGUGUAACUCUUUUCAAAACAACCUUUAUACACAUGCUCUGUACUCUUCUUCUGUCUUUUGUGUAUUUCCUCGGCAGCAUCACAGUGCCACUUACUGGCUUGGCAAAUGCAUUACAUCAUUUUCACUGGUUUCAUUUUGAGAUGAGAAAAAACUUUUUUUUUAAAAGUAAAGUUUGGUGAAGUUGUCACUGAAUAAAAAAACGAAAAUCGAGUUUUCAGUGAAAAAAAAUCUGGAUUUUACUUUCGACCAAAAUCGUGCGGCCCUACUGAAAAGGAGUUAAAAUGUAAUAAACAGCUGAUAAUGGAGCAUUUCAAUCAUGAAUCACAGCACAUGUACUUACAAACUCAUGCAGUAAAAUUACUUACUAGUGUUUUAAUUGACAGAUUCUCUGAGUGGGAUCAUUUGGUAUUUUAGCUCCAUCUUAGCUGUCCUUGUCUUUCUUUUGUAUUUCUGCUGAACUCUGAUAUUUUCCAUCUGCUUGCUUCUUCUUUCCCUCCUCCUCCUCCUCCUAUUCCAGCCCAGGACAACCCUCUCUCUUAAAGGAAGGUUCAUUAUCAAACAUUGCUGACCCAGAUCAGAAAAUAUCUGCCAUACUUACUCCACCUGGCAACCAAUCAGGCCUCAUUGAUCGGCCACUCACAUUAGAGGUGGUAACCCUGGUGCCUCCUCCACAGAGGCUUUCUGAUGCAGAGGUCCCUCUCUGGAAAGCACUAGAAGGGAGGAAUGGGAAAGAUACUCCUGAAAAACUCCUUGUUAAGGAGGGUUCAAAACCUUUGUGCAGGGGGUAAGAAUGGAUGAGGGGAUUUGUCCGUCUGCUUCCUCUUGGUUUCUUAGCAUCUCUGUGUUUGUCUGCUUUCCUAAUGGUCUGGUGUUUGCACAUUUCGAUUAAACCCCUUUUAUUUUUCUUGUUCCCUUUCUUCUAGCUCACAAAGUGAAGAUGCAGCAGAGGUUGAUUCAUUAAAGGACUUAAAAACACCUCCUGCUCAACCCAGCGCACCACCAGGCAAAGAGGAGCCUGAAGGACCCCGCGAGGAACCAGCAACCACACUGAAGGUUUCUCUCAAACCAAAAGAAGAGCACAAGGCUUUGGCGCUGGAGCCUCUGCAGCCCUCAAAGCCAGAACCAGAACUGAAGCCAGAACCAGUCCUGCAGCUGACAGAAAAACCACAACAGCGUGGAGCAGAUGAGGAGAAACAAGAGGAGGUUGUGGCUGUUGGUCCGGAGGGUCCGGUCAACAAUAAGGAGCCGGUGUGCGAUGCAGAGAAGCAGCUGUGGGCAACAGUGGAGGAGACAACCGCAGAGAUGGAAAGUAGUCAGAGCGCUGAGGAGAAAGAGGGGAAGCAGGAGGAAGAGGGUGGUGUACCAGGGGGGUGAGUCAGUGACGGUUACUGUGCGGCAUGGCAUGAAAUAUCUGCUUCACACAGACACACAAACACAGACACAGCUGUUCCUUUAACUGACUAACACUCACUGUGGAGCUGCAGCCUAACCAGAGCUGACCCAGUCAGUAACGUCAUCUUCAUGUCUGUCUAUGCUGUUAGACUGGUUCUUUAAAAGGCUGUUUUUUGAUUUAGAGUAAAUUUUGUUUCUGUGUGUGUGUGUGUGUAGAGCUGAGACAUUUGCACACACAGAGGCAGGUGUGUGUGUUACAGAGCAGCAGACGGAGGAUCCUGCUGGCUUCAUGUCAGCAGUGGUCGGGGUUUUGUUCAGAGGGUGAGUCUCUCUGCCUGCCUGCCCGUCCGGUCAAGUCUUUAGAAAAUCGUAACAUAGACAGUUGGUGUUUUUAAAACUUAUUCUUUCUUAACAUGACUUUACUUGUAACAGCUACAGUCUCAUUAUAUGUUUACAUCUACAAAAUGUCUUGAUCCGAUUCAAAAUUUAAAGGAUUAGAAUAUCUGAAUCCACCGUUUAUUUGGGCGUAAAAUCAAAUAAUCCGAUUAUGACGUGUGUAUACAUGCAUUAAGCUUUAUUCAGAUUAGAAGCAUUUCGACGUGCACAGAGUUGUCUAAUUUCAGUUAAACAACCACAGAAGAAGAAGAGUUGUAGUGACGCCUGUACUGUCAACCAACCAACAAACUCGGUAGUGGCCAUAGACUGUAUAUAGAAUCAAUGCCGUCUGUCUCCUCACUGGGUGAAGCCACCGCGAGAACAGCACCCUCUGGUGACGGGCUGCAGUAUAGGUCAUAAAUCCCGCCUCCUCCAGCAAUCCCUAUGGAGCUGUGGACAAACUUUAGAAAUUAAUUACACAGAAUAUAAAUUUUCCUCCCCCCUGGUUGUGAUGUUGACAUGUAGUUACUGUCAGACUGGUUUGUGCUCAGGUCCUCUUUUUUCUGUACAGCUCCAUUUUUAAAAGUUAUUGAGGGUUCAUGUUUUCUAUGAUUGAUAAUUGAUACAGCCUAUAAGCGUACGAAGAUUGCAUAGCUCUCCUGGGGGACACGCUGUUUGAGCCGAGCGUCAUCACAGCGACUCUUCCGCAAAUACUUACAACGCUACUACCACUUGGUGGUUCCAGGAAGUGGAGAAAUCCUGGAAUUCGGCUUUAAAUUCGUAUAGUAAGAAGGCGGAGCCAAGUUGUCCUUAGUACAUACAGUCUAUGGUUGUCACUAGAUGGCGCCCUUGCUUAUUUAUUUUACCGUUCUGUCAAAGGUUGCGCUGUGCGUGCAGAUGUGACAUCAUUACGCUUUAUGUACGCCUUGUUAUGUUAUCGGAGGAGCAGACACGACACCUGAGUGGUAAUAAUGAAACUUCCUAAAUUGACCUCAAUAAAUAAGCCAAAGAGUGAAGAUCGAGUCAGGUAAGAGAGUCACGAUCGGAAUUAGUGUUAACAUGGACGCGUUUCGGAAAAACGAUCGGCAUAAACCACCCCUCUUGAUCGGAAUACAAUUUCUCUCCAACUGAGCCAAAUUGGAUCAGAAUUUUUUUUAUCUCUAUUAUUCAUGCCUAUGUAAACGCAGCUACGUCAAUGACGACAUCCAGGAGAGCUUCAAUCUCUCUGUGGACUUCAGUUCAAGAUCACACAUCAGAACUCGGAUAUAUCACGUCAUCGAUCUAUGCCCCACCCCUAGUCGCAGUAUACUCUAGGUUACUGUAGUCUGUAGAUUGUCUUGUUGGCUAUUUCACACAGUUAUUUGUUAUCAAGAAUUUGCUUUUUGUGUGUGUUUACCAGCAAGCUGUUUCUCUCAGCUGUCACCUGCAUGGCACCGGAGAGUUUUCACGUGUCUCUUGUCAUGUCAAUGUGAUGCUAACGCCGGAGAGUUUAUCGAUAUUUAAACAAGUUUGAUUAAAAAUAAAAAGAGGAGUGAUUCUUCUUCCGUGUGGUAUCAACAGUAAAGCUUCCUCUGUGGACUUUGGACCGGCACCAAAACAAAGUCUGAGAAAAGAGGAACCGCCCACUGUAAUCAAGCAUGCUGUCGCUCUGUUCAAAGCCUGCUGAGGUCAUGUUAGGGUGAGUCCUUUCUCAGAGUCUGUCCCUCGUGUCUGUCUCUUCAGCUAUGAGACAGUGGCCUCCAUCCUGCAGACAGCCGGAUCAACUGCAGAACAAUCACCCCUCCUUAUAAGCGACGAAGAUCAGCCGAGCGAACACGAAGAAGAAGAGGCAGAGAUGCUCGAAGAUUCACUGUUUUCAGUAGACAUUUCCCCGCCAACGGCCUUCUCCGACACGACAGAAACGGAGACGAGUCGCAGAGCGAGUGACCAAGUGUCUCAGAAAGCAGAGUGUGUUCAGUCAGGGGGUCUGAGUCUGGUCGCAAGUCUGAGACUAGCGGCGUCUGAACAGGAGAAGGAGAGGGAGAAGGAGAGGGUGAGGAGAGAGAAAGAGAGGAUGGAGAAGUUAAAGAGAGAGGAAGAAGAGAGGGCAAAGAGAGAAGAGGAAGAAAGGAAAGAAAGGGAGAGACAGAGAUUGGAAAAAGAGAAAGAAGAGAUGGAGAGGAAGGAGAGAGAAAGGGAGGCAGAGAGAAUCAGGUUAGAAAAAGAGAAGGAGGAGAAAGAAAGAAAAGAGAGAGAAAGAAAGGAGAAGGAGGCUGAAAGAAUCAGAUUGGAGAAGGAGAGGAAAGAGAGAGAAAGGGAGGCAGAGAGAAUCAGGUUUGAAAAAGAGAGAGAGGAGAAGGAAAGAAAGGAGAGGGAAAAGGAGGCCGAAAGAAUCAGAUUGGAGAAGGAGAGAGAAAGGAUGAAGAGGGCAAAGGAAGAGGAAAGGAAGAGGGUAGAAAAAGAAAGGGAAGAGUAUGAACAGAAGAAAAGAGAGGAGAGGGAAAGGAAGCAACAGAUUGAGAGGGAAGAGAAAGAAAAUGAUGAGAGGAGGAGAAAACUAGAAAAUGAGCAGAAGAGGAAGGAGGAGGAGGAGGUGAGGAAAGGGAAAGAGUACAGCAAAGGAGAGAAGCAACAACUGAUCACAGAGAUGAUUUCUGAAGUCUCUAUAGAUCGAUUGAAAGAGUGGCCUCCUCUGAGGGAGGCCGAACUGGAUGAUAUCGCUGAUGAUGAUGAAGAGCAGCCUGAGCUCAUAUCGGUUGAAACAACCGACGUCAAAAUAAGAGACAAACCUGAGGACUCUGUAGCUGCCAAUAAGAGAGCCUCAAAUAAGACAACUCUGAAAUCAGUCAAAAAAGACAAACCUAAGCUGAAAUCUGGCGCCAUCCCUGAGUGGAUGAGAGAGGAUGAGGAAGAGGAGGUGGAGUAUGAGAGGGGACACGAGGACCUGGGCUCGGUCUGGUUGGCUGAGCUGUACAUGGAGGGUGAAACAGGGUGAGUAAGAGUGGUGAAUAGCAGGGUGAGAGAGAGGUGAGUGACUUAGACAGACUUGGCUUCAUCAAGAAGGUCUGCUCGGAGCUCUUUGUGGAUCAGAGGAGCGUGCUUGUGUGUUUCUGGUUCUGCUCCCUUCAAUAACCACGAAUCUGACUCAUAUACCUGCAGGGAAAAGUCAAUAUUUAUCAUUUACAUUUAAUUUACUGGCUCAGGCUUUUUUCCUGCAGGUAUUUACGAAGACUGAGUUGUGUUUUGUUGGCAUGUGAGUCAGAAGUUUCUCCCUAAACAACUUCACUGCAAAGUUGUUUAUGACGGAAACUGGAAUUUCCUCUUUGCAUCGGGCUUCACCGACUCGCCUGCAGCGACUGUGUCACACGGUGCAUGAAGGCAGUGAAAGUACUCAAGAACUCCUCGUCUGGGUCAAACAUAAACACACAGAGAUGUACACAGAUGUUUCUACUUAGACUCAAUAUCUCCAUUAUAUUCAGCCAGGGCUGCACGAUUUUUUUAUUCAGUGACAACUUAACAAACCUCCACUUUAAUAAAAAGUUUUUCUAUCAUCUCUUAAAUGAAAACCGCUGAAAAAGGUUUUAGUGCAUAUGCCAGGCCAGUAAAUGGCGCUGUUACACCGCCCAGGAAAUGUACAAAAGACAGAAAAAAAGAGUAUGAAACGUGUACAAAGGUUGUUUUUGCCAGACACACGCAGGCGCCAUAUGUGUCACAUGAUUGUUUCCAGAGAUGCAGAUAGACAUCCACACGGAGAUGAAACAGUAGUCAUUUACGGGUUUAUGUACUCGCUGACCCGUUUUCAAACAAUACGGGUUUACAGUGUGUGUGAGAACUGGGGGGCGCUCCCACAGGAAGGGGGCGCCUAUGGUGGCCUGGAGGCGUGAGACAUGAUAGAGAGGAAAAUCAAUUUGAUGAUUUUAAUUUUUUUAACAUUGUCAUAAUAAAAUGAUUCGAUUACGAUUUAAAAUCGAUUAAUUGUGCAGCCCUAUAUUCAGCAAUACGUGUGUAAACCUGCAUUAAAACCAGAUUAUCGACUCCAUUUCUAGGAUUAUAAUUUUUAAAAAGAGAUCAUGAUUUAACAAACAAUUUUAGGCCAAUACUCAAAAAGUUUCACCAAUAACAACACUACGUUAGUGUCAGACAACAAAGAGUGAUGAAGUGUUAACGCUCUGUACCCAAAAGGUCAAAGGUUAAUUUCUAAUAUUAAUAACUGUUUUUUUAAUUGUCAACACUUGCUGUAUAUUGGUAGUUUAGCAUAAUUGAUCAGAUUUUAACUGCAGGUUUUAGAUUUUAGAUUAUAUUUAAUAACAAUUCUUAAGUCCCUAUCAACAUUGUAAAGUAAUUCUCAGCAGUAUCUUGAUUUAGGAAUGAAAUAAAAUCAUGUAUUUUAUGAUCUUGACUUUUAAAAUCAACGCUACACCGGUGUAACCCAAAACUACGGCGUUCCAAAAAAGACAAAAAAGCAUGAAAUUAAAAAAUAAAUAAAACUGCAAUUCUGGACCUCGAUGGGAAUUCAUAUUACAGAUUAAUCAGUCCAUUUUUCAGGUCGUCAUAAUUUCCACCUCUCAUUUUUAUGGAGCAACAUUUCAAAAUGUCGUUGAGCUGUUACUUUAAAUCUUGUAAAAAUGUCCAUUUGGACUUAUGGAAGAGCCGAUAAGAUUCUGAUGGUCUGAGAAUGAGGUCACUUAUCCGUCACAUCUAUUUGAUUUUUGUUGACCUGAUAUCUGAGCAAUAGCUGGAUGGCGUUUUAUGACGUCCAGUUUCAACAAAGUCUAUUUUUAAUCUUUUACUGCGAAUGGCGAGCGGCUUAUCUGUGUCGGUAAAUUGUAAAUUACCCAAAGCCACACUUUUAGUGGUCUAUCUUUUACUGUUGUCAUCACUUCUACUUAGAUUUCUGCAUCUUAAUGUUUCCGUCUGGAGCAUGUGUUUGUGGAUUUGUUUGGUCACCGGGUUGCAGUUUAACGGAGGCCGCGGCAUGUUUUUAAUUAAUGGUUCGGUUUUGGUUGAGUUGCAUAUUUUUACGCCUCCAGCAUGUCCAGUUUAUUUUUACUCUCGCUUGCCAGACCUCUGUCCUGCCAAAUGUUGGAAGUCUGGGAAGAAAGUUGAACAAACACUGUGGAUGUCAAGACCUCUGGAGCCAAGAGAUUAGCUGAUUUAGGGAAAAAUGCCUGAAGAAAGUUCUGCCUUUUUUGAAUUUGGUGACUUAUUUUAACAAGAUUGAGAUCUGGCUGCAUGAGAUGUGUGAUGGUAUGCAUGACAAGGACAGCCUUGAGGUUAAUCUCUGAAAUCCCCUUUUCUGUCUGCAGCCCUGGUCAACCAUCAUUGGCCAUUACUAAGGAUCCCCCCUCACUCCCUUUCAGCAGACAAACCUUCAAUCAGAGCUCUGCUGACAGGUCUGCACAUAAACCAGGACUUUCUCAGAUCAGACCGGCCCUCAACUCUCAUCAAGAACCACUUUCAGCAUCCAAGCAAGUGGACAGAAUCAGUCAGAGAGCGAACGCUAUCUCCAAAGAAGCAGAAAACCAGACGGCGAGGAGUCAUGAUGCCCUCACAAAAACCGGGCACAGCCUGGGAUUAGACACUGAUGAGGGUGGAGAACUUGUUCAAUCGUCUGUGGUGCCUUGGCCCCUCCCUCUCAGCACAAACACAGCCAACGUUCAAUCUGACGCCAAACAAAUCAAGACUGACCACGACAUGGAUGAUAGUAGGACGACCACUGAGAUGGCCAAAGUGGUUGAAACAAAGACUGACGAUAGUAGUCCCUCUGGAUUGAAGUCAAACACGGCAAAGAGUGGUAACCACACACCAGCACACACUCCAGGUCUCACUCCUCUCGCCAAAGACCAGCAGCUUCAAGAGGAGGAGAAGUUCUUAUUGGCUAAAAUUCACUCAAUGACAGGCGGCGCAUCUCCUGCUUCCAACCAUCGCAGUAUGAAGCUCCUCAUCCCGGAUCCCUGUGACAUUGAAGGUGACACGGCAGGGCUUGUUGAUCACAGUGAGCCCGCAGUUAUUCCCUGCUUUGAUAAUCUGCAGGAAAUAUCACUAAAUGAGGCAGAUGAGCCUCCGGACAAUAAGCUGCCUCUACACCAAGGAGGAGAGAAGGAUGUGUAAGUCGGCGUGGGCCGCCAACCCUGUGCUGCUCUGUGAAAUGACCUGAUGCCUUUUCUUUGUGAAAUGCCGAGCUUUAGACUUUCAACUUGGAAUCAGUCAGAAAAUGAGCAGCUGACUCCGUGAAGGUCUGACAUGACCUGACAUCAAUCCUAAAGUUAGAUUGUUUAAAGUUCGAACACAUAGGGCUCUAUUUUCGUGCUUCGCCGGCGAGGUGGUGCAGGCGUGGUAUUUUGGUGAGCGGCGUAGCCCGGCGUAAGUAUCCCUCCUCCCUAACUCAGCUCCUCCCAGCGGCGUAAGUCAUAGGGAGGAAGGAGAGAGGGCGUGGAGUGGGUUUAACACAGCCGAGACCCGUAUUGACCAAUAACAUAAGCUCCUCUCCUCGCCUUUAAAUCCGCCACCAGAUCCUCCACCAGAUGAAAAUACCACUGCGCAGGGUCCACCACCCUCCGCCGCGUCGCCGGCGGACACGAAAAUAGAGCCCAUAGACUGUAUAUAGAAUGGACGUCAUCUGCCUUCUCGCUGGGUGAAGCCAACACAAGAACAGCACCCUCUAGUGACGGGCUGCAGUAUAGGUCAUAAAUCCCGCCUCCGCCACUCAUAGGGUGACAAUACUCUGACUCGCCAAAAAAAGGACACAACUACGCAGAGGCGGAGUGACGGAGUCGUGUAUAGUUAAUAUUGAGUUUUUCAGGUCAGAUUGAGUGUUUUUUACUUGCUUCUAACUCAGUAAGUCCACGCGACACAAACUCAAAAUGUCCACACAAAACCCCAAACAUUUGAAGGUUUUAUAAACUCCCCCGGACAAGGCCAGACAGCCACCCGAUAAGAGGACAUGACCGGGUACAAUGAUUGACACUUGAUACAGCCUAUGGGCGUAUGAAGAUUUCGUAGCUCACCUGGGGGAUAUGCGGAACGAAGUUGUCCAUAGUAUAUACAGUCUAUGUUUGAAAGUAUCCAGCAGCCUCAGUUUGCUCGCGCCUUUGCAAAGCAGAACUUUCUCUGAUGCUUGAAUGUCAACAUGCAAAGCUGCUGACAUGCAGAUUUUCAGUGCGUAUUACGGCGCCCUACUUUGACCUGUUGACAUGCUAGUACUUGUUUAAUUCUAUUCUGGAUGGAGAUUCUAAUUGGACAAAGUUGACUGGAAACAGAAAGUAUCGUUGAUGGAGAAGUCAGGCGAUCUCCAGUGUUGGUAGUUUUUUUUUCUCAUGGUCACUGAUUUUUUUCUUUCUCCCAUUUCACGAUAAGUGUGAUAGUUUUCUUUCACACUGACCACCAGCUCUUAAUAAAGGUUUGUGAAUGCUUUAUCACGAUGGUGAAUGUUGGUGAACUGGUGUGUAGAUCCAAUGACCGACACCAAAAAGACCUUGAUGUUCUUGGUUCUGGGGUGACUACAAAAUGUACCAAACAGCAUAGACUUGUGUCGACACAUCCAUCCAUCCAUGCUUCGGUUUUCCUUUGGCUGUUAUCUCUCCUGUUACACAUCAAGUCAAUGCUGCUGCCUUCUGCUGUGUCAGCUUGCAUGCCGCUCGCUUGUCUCUGUAAAUAAUUGGCGAUGCUGAUACUGCUCUGCUUGGAUGAUGAUGGCUUUCCUUCGUUGUGUAAAAAAGUGUAUCUUCGCCUCUACCAAUAAUCAGUUAUGUCUUUUUUCCAUUCAGACCAAAAGGUCAACCAGCUGACCUUCCUGCGGAGAGAAAAUCACCAUCACAACUUGAAAUGACGACAUCCCGACUUCCUACAUUGUUAGAAGAAGAAACAACUGAUGUUAAGUCCUCUGAUCUUUUCCCAACGGUCCGAGAGGAGGCUGAUGGGAAAGAUGAUGUGGCCGAGGUAAACGUACACACACCACUGAUGUGCACAAAUACCAAGACAUGCUGUGAGAAAACAAUCAAAUCUGAACUGGACUCUUGGUCCUCCAGGGUUUGGUGAACUCCAGCCAGUCUCUGCUCCAGUGGUGUCAGGAAAUCACCGGUGGUUACCGAGGGGUGAAGGUCACAAACUUCAGCACGUCCUGGAGGAACGGUCUGGCCUUCUGCGCCAUCCUGCAUCACUUCCAUCCCGACAAAAUGUACGCCAAACACAUCUGAGCUACUUUUCACUUUUGAUGUAGUAAUUUAUAAUAAAAAUAAAUAUAUUUGUUGCGGCGUAACUUACAUGCACCUUAAAUACUAAAUGAUUGUAGAUAGUUUUUGGGCUGAGACUUGCUGAGAUGCUUUAGUAAAUUUUUGUGUGCAGUUUUCCUAGAUUCACUGAUUUAUUACAAAAAGGGUAAGGCCACAAGAAGAGAAAACAAUUAUUACAGGAGGGAGAUUUUUUAAAUUUCCAUUUCGAGAUUAAAGUUGAAAUUUCGAGAUUAAAGUCGAAAUUUAAAAAGUCAGAAUAAAAAAUACAGAAUUUUAACAUUUAAGUCAAAAUUCAAGAUAAAAAAAAAUAGAAAUUACAAAAUGAAAGUUGACAUUUUUAAUUAAAUCUCAAAUUUAAAAAAAAAUUUUGAUCUCGAAAUUUUGACUAAAAUCUCCUUCCUGUCAUUAUUUUGUUUCUCAUCAUGCAGCCCUAAACCUCUUUCGUGUAUUUAUAACCAGCAGAAUGAUCUAUAGUGAAAAUAAUGGCUUUGGAUCAUAGACUGCAUAUAGAAUGGACGCGUCUGCCUCCUCACUGGGUGAAGCCACCGUGAGAACAGCACCCUCUGGUGUCGGGCUGCAGUAAAGGUCAUAAUACCCACCUCCUCCAGCAAUCUCUAUGGAUCUGUGGACAAACUUUAGAAAUUAAUUACACAGAAUAUAAAAUUUUCUCCCCUCUGGUUGUGAUGUUGACAUGUAGUUACUGUAAGACUGGUUUGUGUUCAUGUCCUCUUUUUUUCUGUGCAGCUCCAUUUUCAAAAGGUAUUAGAGGGUUCAUGUUUUCUAUGAUUGACACUUGAUACAGCCUAUGGACGUACAUCACAGCGACUCUCCCGCCAAAUGCGUACAACGCUACUGCGCUUGUGGUGGAGAAAAUCCCGGAAAUACCGAGAGCAAUUCAGCUUCAAAUUUGUAUAAUGACGGAAGGCGGAACCAAGUUGUCCAUAACAUAUAUAGUCUAUGCUUCAGAUCCACAUCAUUGCUUAUAUUCUCCAGUCAGGUUUUAUACUUUAUACUCUCAUUUUGUUCUUCAACUCUUUUUCCCUUUAGAGAUUUUGACAAGUUGGAACCUCAUGACAUCAAAAUCAACAACAAAAAGGUGAGCGUUGUUCACUGCCACUUGAUCGAUCUCAUUUCAUCAACACUUUGUUUCUUCGCUGAUGACGUCUUCCUCUACAAUGUCAGGCUUUCAACGGUUUCGAGGCACUGGGCAUCUCCCGUCUGUUGGAGCCGUCGGACAUGGUUCUUCUGUCGGUCCCUGACAGACUCAUCGUUAUGACUUACCUCAGCCAGAUCCGCUCGCACUUCACCAACCAGGAGCUAAGCGUGCUGCAGAUCGAGCACAACAGCAGCCAGUCCAGCUACGGCCUCGCUCUCUCCGGUCCCGGACCCACAAAUGUGGACGCUGCUGCUUUCUGCAUGGCCAGACUGAAUGAAGGAGUGAGCCUUGAGGAAGGGGGGAGCAGCACACUGGUCGUCCCACCACCCAGGACAAAACGGGUGCUCAAAGGUAACAGUGGCUAUUUCCAUAAUUAGUCUGAUUCUUCACAUCUUUGUGUAAAAUUUAUCAUCACUGAGUAAUUCUUGAGUUACGGCCAAAAUAAUCAUGUUUUAUGACCUCUAAGUCUGAGUGGACACUGUGAAAAAUGUCUGAAAGGCGAUCCAGAGGUACUGAGCUCAUGAGAAUGGAGAGAUGUAAAAGCAGAGACAGUGUCUCACCCGUGAUUUUCACUGGCGCUCAGGCCUCAUGUCAGCCAACCGAAGACACGGACCGAAAAGAAUUAAGUCACAAACUGAAAAAAGGGGAAACAGGCCCGGGUCUCCAGGGGACUUAGGAAUGUGAAGAAGUACAGUUUGAACCAAGGAGACCAGGAGAAAGGACAAAAAAACAUUAAAUCAGGUUUACAGCAGCUAAUUCAAGAUUCUGGUGGGGGUCCCAGAGUUCCCAAAUGGCUGAGGCUCAAUUGAUGGGAAUGCAUCCAAAUUCAGCACAACAAAAGUUUUCCACAUGAGGGAAUCAAACAAACAAUUUGGAUGAAAAUAGAAAAUGUUUCUCUUAGAUUUCAGUGUUAGGGUCCUCUUAAUACAUUUAUAUGAUCUGUAUCUUAUAAAUGUCGUAUCUAUAAAGGCCAGAAAGGUCAAAAAACGCGACCUGAGCGUCCACACUGCAGUCACAUCGGAUACAUAUACGAUUUAUAUCCACAUAUAAAAGAGGCCUGGGUAGGAUUAGAACAAAUCAGAAUUGGAUUGUUCACACGUACAAAUCAGAUAUGUGUCACAAAUGGUUAAAAAAUCGGAAUUGACCUGCAGUGUCAACAAAGCCUAAGAUAUUGUGUCUUAAUGACUGACUUUAUGGUCAGCUUUUUACUAUGAAUGAUGACUUUUGCUGUUUUCUGGAGAUUGUAAAGGGAUGGAGAAAUAUGUGACGCCACAGAAUUCAUUGAACCAAUCAGGAUUGAGGAUCUGAUCAGAGGUUUAAAUCCGGUCUCUCACCGUUGUUAUCUCCUGUUUUUAGUGGAUGAGACGAUAACCCCGGUCGCUCCUCCAAGGUUCAACAACAAAACGGUUAAAUCAGGUGUUGCUCAGGUAAGGUUAUACAUCUGACUUUAUUUUUUUACUCUUACUCACAGCUUCUUCUUUUUUAUCAGUUUCUUAACUUUUUAAUUAAAUUUUUUUUUUCAGGUUGAAGACACGACGACUCCAUCUUCGACAGAAACCACCACCAGCACAGGUGGGAGUCUGAAGCCUGAGCUCCUCACAGACGAAACUCUAAUAUUUUAUACUAUUAUUUAACAUUUUGUACAUCCAGUAUUUAUUAAUUUCUUUUUCUUUUCUUUUACACGGUGAUUCUGUUUGUGUCUUUGUAGAGUUGCAGAGUUCAGCAGACUCACAGCCCGCCCAAAAAGAGGAUGAACCCAUGGUCAGUUUUUGCGCUCGUGUCCUCACUUCAUUUGUCCCUCUUUUAUUUCAAGCUGUGAUUUUCCAUCCUCAGAUCACAAUUUGAGAAAGCAUCUGUAAAUCACUUCAACAAUCAUGUUUGUACAAGACUGAUCAAAUUUAUGACCUGAACACACUUUCACAGCUUUUAUUUCCAUCCUUUGGACACACUCUAAUACUUGGACCCUCUUUUUCUUCUCCCUCUUUCCCCCUGAUUUCCUCUCCCUCUGUUUUUAUUUGUGGCUACCUUGUCAUGUGAAUGUUCAUAUGGCAUUGUGUGUAUGUGUAUGUGUAUGUAUGUGUGUAUGUUUGUGUGCUAUUGGGCCUGUGGUCAGUGUCUCCAGGACACGAGCCAGUAUGUGUUGAGUGAGCUGGCGGCGUUGGAGACGGAGCAGAAGCACAUCGACAGCAGAGCGGCCGUGGUGGAGAGACGAUUAAGAAGCCUCAUGGAAACAGGUCAGUCAGAGUUUUUACCUCAUUACCUGUUUAUAUUUUGUCCAAUUCCCUGUAAGUCCAGUUCCCCUGUAUUGUGAUUUCCUGUUAAUUCAGGAAGUGACCGUGACGAGGAGGAGAGACUGAUCCAGGAGUGGUUUACUCUGGUAAACAAGAAGAACGCUCUGAUUCGCAGACAGGACCACCUGGAGCUGCUGUAAGACUUCUCAUACACGAACAGAUGACACACGCACAAACACAAAAACGACGUUUAAGAUGCUGAACUAUCUCUGUCUCUGAAGGCAAGAGGAGCAGGACCUGGAGAGGAGAUUCGAGCUUCUGACCAGAGAGCUGCGGGUCAUGAUGGCUAUCGAGGGUGAGUAAAAGAAGGAAGAAGGAUUCAGAUCAUCAUUUUUAUGAGAUAGAAAAAUCUCAGUUCAAAAUUUAAUCUCUGCUUUAGCAGGUUUGUGUCGACUGCAUGUCUGUUUUCUGUUAAUUCAAUGAAAAAUGCACUAUUUUAUUUCUUUAAUUUGUUGGGUACUUUGACAGUAAACUGACACCAGAUAUUAAAAACAAAAAUCAUAAUAAUGAGGCCAGUGAGAUGGUGAACAACUUAUUGUGUCUGGCUUUACUGUAAAUGGUUUAUAAACUUUACAGACUGGCAGAAGUCGUCCACUCAGCAGCAGAGGGAGCAGCUGCUCCUCCAGGAACUCGUGUCUCUGGUCAACCAGCGAGAUGAGAUCAUCAGAGACAUUGACGCCAAAGAGCGAGGGUUAGUGUGUGUCUUUCUGUGUCUGUGUGUGUUUUUUUAAAAGGCAAAAAAGGUCAAAGGAAAACAGCAAACCUUAACUCAUUCAGUGCCAGUGACGGAUUUUGACGAAUUUUUAAGUUUUUUUGUUUUCCACCAGAGGGCGCUCCUCCCCAACAUGCGACUAAGUUUGGGGUCAUUCUGAACGCAGAAAAGCUGACAAAUACGUCAUAACCAUGUUACAAUAACAAAAACAAGAACUCACCAGUGAGAAGUGCGCCAUCAAGUGUGCCAGUUAGCCAAGUUGUGGAGUGUUUUUUUCUCGAUGAGGAGAGUCGGAAAAUGCCGAAGUAAUUAGCCGAGAGCUAACGGUCUCGGCGCAUCAGCUCUCGUGGGCGUGGUGCUACCGUCUCUGGAUCCAUUGGAGAUCCUGUUACCGGACCUUCACAUUGUCGGCAGACAAUUUUUCGGCGCGAUGUUGUGCCGCCAGUGCCGGUACUGGUGAGCGUGACUGAGCCGGAAUUCAGGGACAGUCCCAGCGAGGAAGAUGCAAGCAGUCCGUGUGGUUUACGUUGCAGCGUCAGGUUCUGAAGAGCAAUGAGUGGUGUCUGAGGAGUGAGGACCUUGAUGCCACCGUAAAGUAGUUUGAAGUGAAAUGAAGUAGACGAUCAGAGUUCUGCUUUAAAGUCUCUCCUUCGCAAAAAUGUGUUUUUCCAGAUCGGCAAAGAUGAUAUGACCACGCUGCAUUGAGCUGGCGAUAACUAAACACAGGAGUGGGUUAGAGACUAACUUUUUUUUCCUGGUGAAAGAAGAGACUCACCCCCUUCUUUUGAGAUAUUGCACUUAAUUCUCGCCUAAGCACAGGAUAUUCUGUGGGUCCUGAAAGAUACAGAAAUUUCUAUUGCGGUCAAUGGUGGCACUAGGUGAAAAUUGCAUAAAUGAAACUGGCGCUGAAUGAGUAAAGUGUCAAACAUUUUUCUGUGUUUUAAAUAAAGUAUUCGUGUUAAUAAGUGUAACUUUACCUACAGCUACAACAGCAUAAGCAUCUUAUGUAACGUGUUUGUUUCUCUGCAGGGCGCUGGAGGAGGACGAGCGUCUAGAACGAGGUCUGGAGAUGAGGAGGAAAAAAUACAACAACAAAGAAAAAUGUGUCCUGCAGUGAGAAAAGAAACAAACAGAUUUGUUUCUAACAAGCAUGUAGAGUCCUAAAAACAACUCUGCUGCUUUGAUCUUAUUUGACUUUUUUUUGCACACAUGAUAAAAAAGAGGAAUUCAGUAUUUCCCAUUUUCCCAAGGCCUCUGUUUUCCUUCAGAAUUGUCCAAGCCUGAAGUUUCCUGUAUUAUGAGGAAAUACGGUGGCAGGGCUGCAAAAUAUGUGUUCCUUGAAAGUAUUUUAUAAUAUUUCAGUUCGUCUUAAUGUUGAAGUAUAAUUUUAAUCCUGUUCUCAUGCUUUUAUUUAUUUAAAUGCAGAGUUAUAUUGUUGUACAUCCAUUACAAACAACAAUUUGUGUGUUUAUUCUUGUGUGAGUUUGCUUCAGAGUCACCGGCGUUUCCACUUCUUUCUAUUAUAUUUAAAGGAGGUGUCUUUAGUCACGAUUGUGAUUGUGAUUGUGAAAAUCCUUGAAACUUCACCAACAUUGUGCUUUGAAAAAGUUUGCUUUUAGAAAUGUUUGUGAAUUUUUUUCUCCAAAAAGGAAAAAUAUUUGGUUGAAACCCAGAAGUUUGAAGAAGUCAUGAGCUGGACUCGAACCCGUGAUACUGAGUCAGGACUGAAUGUUUGAUUGUUUCCUUUUUACGAAGUCGGAUUGUGAACGUUUUCUUCACUAUUUUUGAACCUUUUAUGAGCACAAAGACACUCAUGUCGGUCUUUUAUUCGAAGUGCCUUUAAACAGCGUCACGUGUGCAGCUAUGAUGGUUGAAUCGGCUCUCUUCAUAGAAAUGAAUGUGUGUUCUUUGACUACUGUACGCAUGUUGUUUGAGAUAUGCUGUUAAAGUGGUACCCUGCUUCGCGCCACUACUGUAAGUGUUUCACUCGCUGUAUUCAUGAUGUUUGUGUCUUUAUUUAUAAGGUGAAAAUGUGAUGUAGAAUAUUCAUAAAUAUGAAAAAGAAUAAAUAUUGGUUGGUCGCUGACAGUUUUGGAUUUCAUGAACUUUUGCUAUAACAUGAACGGCAGUGGUCCCGCUCCUGAAACUUUUCUAAGGAGUGCCUCUAAAAGAGAAUGCACGUUCUCAAGAUGUCUGCGAACUCAUCUGUCCUUGUCGUCUUUUCUAUGUGAGUAGUUUAUGUCUUUUAUUAUUAUUAGUAAGACUUUUAUCUCAGCUGCAACGUACGGCGGGUGAGGGUCAUUGGACCAGUGAUUUAAGGAAGGCAAUAAAAAAUAUUUCAUAUAACAAUUUUUUUUCAUAAAACCUGAAAACAUUUCACAAUACAAAAAAAUACAUGAGAAUGUGAAAGAAAACAGUUUUUUUGAAACGUGUACACAUUUUUGAAACACAAAUGUUUUAAAACCACAAAUUUUAAAAACAAAAAUAUUUGGGAAUGCAAAUAAAAUAAAGAUUUUAAAUGUUUUGGGUUUUCAGUAAAAUUAUUGCUUGUUAUGAAGUUUUUUAAAACUUUUUUCAAUAAUUGUGUCCAUUCACAACAAAAAGUUUGAUACAACGGUUUUUUGCUUUAAAAGAUGUUCUUUGCAAAACAUUUUUGUCAAACAAAUAUUUUUUCAUUUUUCAUGUUUUUAAAAAUGUUUUGGGUUUUUAUUAAAAUUUUGUGCCAUUGA